CACAUUUUGUGCACUCAUCUCCCCCCAUAAACGGCCUUGGCUUUUCUUUUAUCCCAACUCUCAAAUUUAUUCCCCGCCCACUCCUCCCUCAUUUCCCCUGCACAGGAAAAAAGUCGGCUCACAUAUAUAGCUUCCUGAAUGCAAUGGCAGUUGAUUGCCUCACAAGUAAAACCUCACCAGCCAUGCCUCCGCAGCACAAAGAUGAAGCCAGAGAGGAUAAAAAACAUCUAGUUUUUGACGCCUCGGUGAUCCGGCACCAACCCGACAUCCCGAAACAGUUCAUUUGGCCCGACGAGGAAAAGCCGUGUGCGAACGCCCCGGAUCUCGCCGUCCCGCUCAUCGACUUGGACGGGUUCCUCUCCAAAGACCCGAGUGCCUCCGAGGAGGCAUCGAGGCUCGUGGGGGAUGCGUGCCAGAAGCACGGCUUCUUCCUUGUCGUCAAUCACGGCGUGGAUGCUGGCCUCAUAUCGGACGCUCACAAGUACAUGGACAAAUUCUUCGGGUUACCGCUCAGCGAGAAGCAGAGGGCUCAGAGGAAGCUCGGUGAGCAUUGUGGAUAUGCCAGCAGUUUCACUGGCAGGUUCUCUUCCAAGCUCCCAUGGAAAGAAACGCUUUCCUUCGGCUACUCCGCCGAGAAAAGCUCGGCCAAUGUCGUGGAAGACUACUUCAAGAACACCAUGGGCGAAGAGUUUGAGCAAUCCGGGAGGGUGUACCAGGACUAUUGUGAGGCCAUGAGCAGACUGUCUCUAGGAAUAAUGGAGCUGCUAGGAAUGAGCCUAGGAAUCGGCAGAGACCAUUUCAGGGAGUUCUUCGAAAGCAACGAUUCGAUCAUGAGGCUCAACUACUACCCUCCGUGCCAGAAGCCGGACCUCACCCUAGGAACCGGUCCCCACUGCGACCCGACAUCCUUAACCAUCCUACACCAGGACCAAGUUGGCGGGCUCCAAGUGUUCGUCGACAACGAGUGGCGUUCCAUCAGCCCGAACUUCAACGCGUUCGUCGUCAACAUCGGCGACACUUUCAUGGCUCUAUCAAACGGGCUAUACAAGAGCUGUUUGCACAGAGCAGUGGUGAACAGCCGAACUCCGAGGAAGUCCCUCGCCUUCUUCUUGUGCCCGAGGAGCGACAAAGUGGUGAGACCACCGAGUGAGCUAGUCGCAAUGUCCUGUCCGAGAGCGUACCCGGACUUCACAUGGCCGGUGCUCCUCGAGUUCACUCAGAAGCAUUACAGGGCCGACAUGAACACGCUCCGAGCAUUCACCAACUGGCUUCAACAGAGAACAUCUGAACCAGUUCGGUGAUGAAGAUUUGUCACAAGUAGAGAGAUCUAUUUGGAGGUCCGAAAAGUUGCGGCUAACAAAAGGGUGAAAGAGCCUCUCUGCCAAAGGAAAGAAGAUGACAUUGACGACGACAAAGAAGAGAGAUCAAAAGGGAAGUGGUGGGUUUUUUUAAAGGACGUUGGAGAGGGACAAACAGAGAGUUAGAGGAAAAGCCAAAAUAUCUUUUACCUUCAAGGGUACGUCUUCUGUAGCCAGAUAGUACUGGCACCCAUGAUGGUCACGAUGAUCAAAGGGCAAGAGAUCAAGAAACAUGAGAACCAAUAAAGAGCUGUAAUACAUCAGCUAAUUUUUGUUUUGUUUUUUUCCUUCUCCUUUUGUCCUUGGUUAAUGUAGAAAAGUUUACCCAACAGUAACCCCUGCCUUGAUGUAAAUUUUGCAUUUUGGAGAAUAGAUGCUUCAUUAAAUA